GCGGCGCAUUUGUUUUUGUUUAUCAUCUUUGCAUCUGCGUCUGCUACUGGCAUUAACGCGAGGCUACAGUGAGUAUUUAGUAUGUGCCUACAUCGUAACUAGCUUUUCUUCGCUGCUUGUUCUAUGCGCGGCCUUCGAAGCGUGUUUUAGAGAUGGCGUGCUGCGUCGCUAGAACAAGAUGCUUGACACCGCUCUUGAUGCCCCGCUUAGCGCUAUUUGCAGAACGGCGACUGCUUCGCAGCGGUCUUGUAGCGUUGCCAAAGUACUUGUUGACCGAUCGCAACGAGAGGGCCUCGACUCGUCGGAUAACUAACCUGACCCACGGCAAUCGGUACCGCAAAGGUGGCAUCGGAACACCCAGCUACGACGUGAUUACGGAACCGGGCAACGUCAGUCCCCUGCAGUAUGUGCCGGACAGCAUCGCCAAGCCGAGCUACGCCGACAGCGGCAUCGUUGUGGGAGUGCCCAAGGAACUGGAGAUCAAGACCGAAGAACAAGUGGCCCGUAUGCGAGAAUCGUGUAGGCUGGCCAAGAUGAUCCUCAGCCGAGUAUGCAAGCAAGUCAAGGCAGGUGUCACUACAGACGAGCUCGACAGGUAUGCCCACAAGCUGUGCAUCGAGAACAAUGCCUAUCCAUCACCGCUCAACUACCGCUGGUUCCCAAAAUCUGUGUGUACUUCGGUGAACAACGUAGCCUGCCACGGAAUACCCGAUGACAGACCACUGCGUGAUGGGGAUAUUAUCAGUAUUGACAUCAGUGUGUUUUACAAUGGCUACCAUGGAGACUGUGCCGAAACCUUAAUAGUCGGCCACUCCGUGGACGAGAGGGGCAAGGCGUUGGUGCAGACCGCUCGUGAAUGCCUCGACAGGGCGGUCAGCAUCUGUGGUCCUGGACAGAAGCUCAGCGAAAUUGGCCGAGUCAUCAGCAUUGUGGCAGCCCAGGCAGGCUUCACUGUUGUGCCUGCAUUCUGUGGCCAUGGCAUCGGCACUUAUUUUCACGGACCGCCCGACAUCUACCACUUUGACAAUGAUGAGAAAGGAGAGAUGCUGGAAGGGCUGGUGUUCACGAUUGAGCCAGUGAUCACGGAAGGAAGCCCCGACAUUGCCAUCAUGGAAGAUGGCUGGACAACCGUCACCGUUGACAACAGCCGCACUGCGCAGUUUGAGCACACUGUAUAUAUCUGUAAUGAGGGUGUUGAAAUCUUGACUGUUCUCUGAUGGGUGCAGAAUUUUCAUGCGCUGGUGCAAGGUGGUUUGGGACAUAGUGUUCGGUGCUUAGUUAACCCUGUGGCUGUGAAGAAAGAGCACAUAGGUCGUUUCUGUAGUGAGUUGGGUGUAAAGGUCCAGUUGUUCAGGUGGUCUUAUUAACACGAAGGCACAAAGCAUCAACAGCA